AUGGCUAGACCAACGCAAUGGAGUGUUCUUCACCUGCUUAUGGCGCUAUUCUCUGUGAUAAUCUCGGCAGAAUGCGCAUUGUUAGAAAUGUCUCGGAUGCUCUGGAACCAGACAGUGUCUGGAAGUAUAACGACAAUAGGCAGACUGGACCCGUUGAGAGUGCCAUUGAUCAAGGUUGACCAAUCCGAAGGCGACGCCAGUUACAGAGUCAUCUUGAGGAACUUGGAGAUCAUCGGCCUGAAUGGAUCGGUGUUGGAAAGUAUCCACCUUGCUCGCGGUGAGUUAAAAUCCAAUUUAAGCAAACUCGAGGCCGGAUAUAUGAGCUACAGCGAUCUCCGAGACGUGGAUUCCAUUAAGUAUAAGUUUCACACUAUAAUGAGGGAACCCAAUGUGCCUGAGGAGGGUUUCGAAGCCGUCGUUUCGCCCAUUAAUCGAGCUGCUGACAUAAGGCCUUCUUCGCAUCAAAACACUCGCUUCGACCGAUUGCAACAAAAUCACCAGGGUAUCAGGAUGUUUGAGCAAAGUCAGCAGUAUAACAGGCGAAUUCCUUUUCAUUCUGAUGGCACGACCACCUCCGACGGUUUUUACAGAAACAAUUUGAAAACAUCGAGUAAUUUGGAUACAAAUGCUGGAAAUAUCGAAAGUUUUAGGCAACCGGCUUACGUUCAGCCUAUUUAUACGCAAAGGAUGAACAGUUUUCAAGGAUAUCAUAGGAGUUCACAGGAUGAUAAAGAUACGCUCGAUUGCGAUGAUACAAAGACUUCCCAGUAUGGAAGAAAUCAAGGCAAUCAACAGUAUGAACAAAGGCAAAGUGUUACUAGCAGAUACACUGAACGACUCGGGGAUGUUGAGGUUUCCGCAUCGGAAAUAGUUAAUGCUAGAUUGAAGAGUCAAGGUGAUGAUGCAAGACCGCCUGCAUUGUACAAUAGAGAACAAUCUUUGCGAUCAAAUGUGGCAUCUUCGGGCAAUGUUAAAUCGUCAAGAAACGGAAUGAGAGAACGGUUGGAUUACAUCGACAUCGUUUAUGCGAAUGACCAAGUUAAUGGCAGCAUAAAGCGUUUCGGUAAUAUGGGUACCGAUCCCAAAGAGAAUCGACGAGUAUACGGCAUCGAAGAUGUUAUGAAAGACAUUCGGGAGAGCACAAAAUUCUUUACUUAUAAUUUUACGGAAGGUGAAGCUUUAAAAAAAAGAAACGAUAUGAUUGAAGCUAAAAGAUUAAAGGAUCUAAUUAGAUACGCAAAGAAUUAUCAAGAGCAGCAAGGGUAUUUUGAAGAAGGCAUGCAGCUAAUCUAUCAUUACGGAAUGGAUGUAAAAAAUGAUAACAUAUCUCGAAACAACGGUACCAAAAGAACAAAACGAGCGCACUCUGAGAAAACAGUUGACGAUGACGUAAUGCAUGUGAUAUUGAGAAUUCGCGUCCCAUUGCUUCGUAUAAAAUCUCAAUACACGCUUAUGGGAAAAGUGGGGCAGGAGAUGUUACGUGGCAACGGUCUGCUUGUCGGAAACUUUACCGAUGUAGUGGGCGAUUUUUCGCUAGAAUUGAAAAAAAUCAACGAAAAACUGAUGAUUAUUCGUGCUGCUAAAGCAAAACUUUCUGCGAAGGAUAAGAAAAUCAAUCUUCAGGGUAUGGACGAAAAGGGACCGAUGAAAAUUAUUUUCAGUCAUGGUUUAAUGGCUGCAGAGGCAAUCGCCGCGAUGCUCGCCGACGACUUUGCGACCAAGGGACUCAGUGAAAGAACGGCUGACGCACUGAUCUACAGAAUGUACAAGGAUUUACCAGUCAAUUAAUCAGUCUGCUUGAUUGCUUGAGGCAAUCGAGAACUCUGUUCUGCCGUCGGCAAUGCGUUUCUGCAAAUCAUGUUUUAUUUUAUAUAUAUUUAUUUCUUU